AUGGCGCUUCUUCUCGCCAGACGCCACCAAAGGUUCCCAUCGAACCCAUCUCGGAUUCGCUUUUUCUCUAAUUCCUCAUCGGACCCACCUCCCCAAGCCGUGAACGCACCCGUUGACAAACCCUCCCAGCCACCGUCUUCUCCAUCUCCGUCGGACUUCUCGUACUCUUCUCCCUUCACCGACAUCAAGUCCACCCUGAAGCAGAAACUACAGCAGCAGCAGGAGCAAGGGAGAAAGCCAUUCGUCAGAUCCGAUGCCCAAGCUCAGAAUCGCGGGUCGAAUAGGUUCUCCGAUAACCAGUCACGCGGGUCUUUACAUGAUCUGGGAAUUAACCUCGCCAAGUUUCAGCGGAGAUCCGCCGUUCCACCUUCGAGGGAUUCAGGCGGCGUACUGCCGUCACAGUCUCGGCCGCAGAUUUCCUUCGAGGCGCUCUAUAAGCAGAACGCUGCACCAAACUCGGCGGAUCCUAUAAAUCGGAAAGGCCAGGACUUCAAUCCGAGUAACAACAUAAGGGAAAAUUUGGAGUUUCUGAAGGCGCAGUCCAACACUUCAAACAAGAUGGAGAUGGCAGGAGGGUCUUUACGAAAUUUCAAGAGCACUUGGAAGACGAUGUCCAGGGAAAACGUUAGUUCGAAUGUGUUCGAUGGAGGAGAAGCAUUGCCAACGUCCGUGUCCGGAAGGGAAGGUGAGGCAGAGGAAAUGAUGACGGAGUUCCUAAAGAUUUAUAGGGAGGAUGAGUUGGGUGAGAAACUAAGGAGGCUUAGGCCAGAGGGAAAUAAAGAAGAAGGAUGGUUCUCAUUGCAGGAGUUGAAUCAGAGAUUGGUUAAGCUAAGGCAAGUCGAAGAGAAAGAGGUCCAAAAUCAGGGAGGGAACUUUGCGGUACUCAGAAAUGUUAUCGGAACAUUGCAGAAGGGCCCUGAGCAGAAUCUCGACAUUCUAGGCUAUAUUGAUGGAGCCCCUGAAUACAAGCUUCAUCCCCCAAAAGAGGAUCUAGUUGAAAGUUACUUCCACACAGAUAAUCUUUCCUCUGCGGAAAAGAUGAAAAUUGAGCUCACGAAAGUCAGGGAAGAGUUCAAGAUGUCGGAAUCAGAUUGUGGUUCUGCACGCGUGCAAGUGGCGCAACUCACAACUAGAAUCAAGCAUUUGUCCUCUACUCUGAACAAAAAGGACAAGCAUUCGCGGAAGGGACUUGUAGCAAUGGUGCAGAAACGGAAGAAGCUGUUGAAAUAUCUAAGACGAACUGACUGGGAUUCUUACUGCCUUGUUCUGUCAAAACUCAGCCUUCGUGACAACCCGGAUUACAAGUUCUAA